AUGUACACUCAUCGACCAUGGACCAUUCGUCAGUAUGCAGGGUUCUCGACCGUCGAGGAGUCAAAUGCCUUUUAUAAGGAGAACAUCAAGGCCGGCCAACAAGGACUCUCGGUAGCUUUCGACCUGGCUACCCAUAGAGGAUAUGACUCAGAUAACCCGCGUGUGUACGGUGACGUCGGUAUGGCUGGAGUAGCUGUGGAUUCUGUCGAAGACAUGAAAAGGGGUGUCGAUCGUAAGAAAUUGACCGGUACCAUUCAAAAUGAUAUUUUGAAAGAGUUCAUGGUACGUAACACCUACAUCUAUCCGCCAGAGCCAUCGAUGAGAAUUAUUGGUCAGCAACAAAUUUUUGGAAAUAAACAUCGGAAUCGAUCGAUACGUAUCUUUGUUACAGGAGACAUCUUUGCUUACACAAGUAAAGAAAUGCCCAAAUGGAACAGCAUCUCCAUUUCUGGAUACCAUAUGCAGGAAGCAGGUGCUGACGCAGUCUUGGAGAUGGCUUUCACAAUCGCUGAUGGCAUCCAGUACUGCGAAACGGGAAUCAACGCAGGUCUCACCAUCGAUGAGUUCGCUCCUCGUCUUAGCUUCUUCUGGGGCAUUGGAAUGAACUUCUACAUGGUGCGAAAUAGCCAAAAUGGCGAGCCGCUCGACGUCUGUGGGCUGACCUUUAUCAAGGAACGCUUCAGUCCAAAGAGCAGCAAAUCGCUUAUGCUCCGCACUCACUCACAAACCAGCGGAUGGUCUCUGACUGAACAGGAUCCAUACAACAACAUUAUCCGAACUACUAUCGAAGCUAUGGCGUCAGUGUUUGGUGGAACUCAGUCCCUGCACACCAACUCCUUCGACGAGGCCCUCGGUCUGCCCACGAAAUUCUCGGCUCGAAUCGCCCGAAACACACAAAUCAUCAUCCAAGAAGAGAGCGGUAUUUGCAAG